AGCGAAGGCAGCUAACAAGAUAAGAGCAACAUAACCCAAGAUUUUAUUGUUUUCUCCUGAGCAAUUAUUUUCGGUAUUUUUGUGAAGAAACAGGAAAAUCCAAGUGAAAAAUGUCUCGCGGAAGUUCAGCAGGAUACGAUAGGCAUAUUACAAUCUUCUCUCCUGAAGGGCGAUUGUACCAAGUUGAAUAUGCAUUUAAGGCCAUUAAUCAGGAAGGAUUGACUUCUGUGGCACUCAAGGGGAAGGAUGUGGCUGUUGUGGCUACGGAGAAGAAGGUCCCGGAUAAGUUGGUUGAUCCCAAAACCAUAACUCAUCUCUACCGGAUCACGAAGAAUAUUGGAUGCGUCAUGACUGGGAGGAUUGCUGAUAGCAAGUCUCAGGUGCAGAGGGCUCGCUAUGAGGCAGCCAAUUGGCGCUAUAAAUACGAUUAUGACAUUCCGGUAGAUGUUCUGUGUCGCCGGAUUGCGGAUAUCAAUCAAGUUUACACCCAGAACGCUGAGAUGCGUCCUCUCGGGUGCAGCAUGAUUCUCAUCUCGUAUGAUGAUGAGCAGGGUCCGUGUGUUUACAAGACCGAUCCCGCUGGUUAUUACUGUGGCUACCGUGCGGUCUCUGUGGGUGUCAAGCAGACCGAGGCCAACAGCUUCCUGGAGAAGAAGUUGAAGAAGAAGACGGACUUUGGGGUGGAUGAGGCCAUUCAGCUGGCUAUUACAUGCCUCUCCACAGUCCUCACGGCGGAUUUUAAGCCGUCCGGGAUUGAAGUGGGUGUCGUAACAAAGGAUAACCCAGAAUUCAAGAUUCUCACGGAAGAUGAAAUUGAUAUCCAUUUGACGGCAAUUUCCGAGAAAGAUUAAGAUUUUUUGUACGAUUUCUUUUAUUAUGAUAAAUACAAAAUUAUUUGCCCGCCACGGUA